AGUGGUGCGUGAGAAAGAAAUUGAGCUUUCUACUUUUUUGCAGGUUGCUGUUGAUCACCAGCCCACACACACACUCACACACACACACAUAUAUAUACACCGAUUUCACACACACAAUUUUCACCUAUAUUUAUAUAUUUGUAUAUAUUAUAUACAGAUGUAGCAAAAUAGGUGUGUAGGUAGAUAGAGAGAGAGAGAGAGAAUGGGGGAAUACCUGAAGAUAUGUGAGAGUGCGACAAUGAAGAGUGCUAGAGCGACGGAAGAAGAGGCGCGGUUGAUUUCCGGUAAGAAAAGGAAGUUUUACCCCGAGCAAGAGAAGGCGUACUGCGGCGGCGGAGGCGGCGGCGUGGAACCGUCGGAGAAUUCAGUGUCGCCGGCGGGUUCCAGGACUUCCGAUUUCUCUGAGCAUGAAGACUCGAGCGACGCCGGAAAGAAGAGUUUGAGAUCACCAGAUCUGGAGAAAGCUGAUUUGCAUUCCGAGGGUUUUGAAACGGAAAUUUCCACUUGUAACGAUGGCGUUUUCAGUAGAGAGGCGACUCCAACCAGCGAUUUUUACGGAGAUUCAGAGCAACUGUUAGCCUACUCAUCGUCACAGUCAAAGAACAAAUCAUCAACGCCUCCUCCUCGCCGGAAAAUUCCAACUCCUCUCGCGGCAAAUAUGCCGGCGGCGGCGGAGCUAGAAGAGUUCUUUGCGGCGGCAGAAAAGUACGAGCAGAAACGAUUCGCUGAAAAGUACAACUUUGAUAUUGUGAACGACGUUCCUUUGGAGGGGACGUAUCAGUGGGUUCGUUUACAGCCUUAAAUGAAUAUAUCUCCACUUGAAGCAAAAACGCAUCUUUCUUUUCUUUUCUUUUCUUUAUAUAUUCCCACUUUAAUUUAAUUUUUAGUUUCUUUUUUUUUUCUUAGGUGGGGCUAAGUUUAAAAUUAAAUUAUAUAUUAUAUUACCCUGUUGCAAUUUUAACAUUUUUCUCAUUAUAGCUAAUUAAUCUGCCUCUUAUGUGUAUAGCAAUUUCCUUAUAUAUUUUUAUGUAAAGAAGCUCCUAGAAUUCUCUAA